AGAAAAAAAAAUCGGUAAAGAGAUAAAAAAUGGAGGGUGGAUUUGGUGCAGAACUCUAGGUGAAGUGAAGAAUCUUAAUACAUUAAAAAAAUGUGUCUACAUGUCAUGAUAAUGGGUUCAAUCAAAUCUCUUCCAUCCAAUUUCAAGCUUUUGUUGAGGCCGGUAUUGGCUUCUUUGGGUACCGGUAGUGGAGAGGUGAGAAAGAAAUGAUUUUCUGAAAAUUCGGAACCUUUUUCGAAUAUCCUAUAAAUUACUAAUCAUGGCUGAAGACAACGUGUAUACUAGUGACCUCUCCUAUCCCAAGGAAGAGAAAAAGUGUCUCGUCUACAGAAUUUUUGGCCAAGUACCAGCCAGACUGGUACUAUACUUGCUAUCAUGGUCGGGGUUCUUGGUAUCCUUCAUGAUGAGGAACGACAUCAAUUUAGCAAUCGUAGCGAUGGUUGAACAGCCGCCUAGAUCGUUUACGAAUUCAACAAACGAUUACUGUUAUGUCGUCGAGGAAUCCAGCAACAAUACAGCACCACUAGACUAUGGCGGCACUCUGAAAUGGUCCAGCAAAGUGCAGAGUUACAUCCUCUCCUCCUUCUACUGGGCGUACAUCAUAUCGCAGGUGGUGGGCGGUCUGGCCACCCAGCGCUUGGGCACGAAGCGCGUGUUCGGGUACGCGCAACUGGCCACCGCCCUGUGCAGCUUGUGCAUCCCGUGGGCCAGCGAGACGCACGUCGGGCUGGUGAUCGGGUUGCGGUUCGUCCAGGGGUUCGCAUCGGGUCUUACUUGGCCUGCCAUGUACGCUCUUGUGGGGCAUUGGAUACCGGUUCCGGAAAGGAGCCGGUUCAUGUCCAGUUUCCAAGGCUUCAGCAUAGGCAUCGGGAUCACGUACCCCUUGUGCGGGUUCCUCAUAGCCCACCUGGGCUGGCGAUCGGUGUUCUAUACGACCGGUUCCAUUGGUACCGCCUGGUGCCUCAUCUGGUACUUGUUGGCCUUCGACAGUCCCGAGACCCAUCCCAGGAUCAGCCUGAGAGAGCAGCAGUACAUCAAGGAGAAUACGGUUAACACCUAUGCGAACGCCAGAACACAGGUGGUUCCUUGGAAAGCGAUCUUCACAUCGAUGCCGGCUUGGGCUAUUGGGAUCACUACGUUUGGAAGGAUUUGGGUGCAUUAUACUUUCAUUAUAUCUGGUCCGACUUACAUGAAGAGUAUUUUAGGAUUCAGUAUAGAAAAGAACGGUUUGUUGUCUGGUGCCCCCUUCAUUUGCAGUUAUGCCGCCUCAGUAUUAUUCUGUUACAUUGCCGAUAAGCUGGUCACUAAGCAGUUCAUGUCACUAACCAACGUACGCAAACUCAUGACCGCUUUGUCUCAAGUGGUGCCUGGUUUGUUGGUGUUCGCCAUAAGUUAUCUAGGGUGCGACAUUGAAUAUGUGCUGGUCAUUUGGUUUUUUGCCGUCACCCUGAUAACAGCAGCGUAUGCUGGAGCGAUGGCUAACGUCGUGGAUAUAGCGCCGAAUUUUGCCGGGCCGGUCCUGGCCUUCGCUCAGACCAUCCACAUGUGCGCCAGCUUUCUGAGUCCGCUGGUCGCCUUCCACAUGUUGGAAGGCCAGGAGCAGAACAUGUCCGCGUGGCGGGGCGUUUUCUACGUGACGGGUGUCAUCGCGAUAGUCACAUACGCGGUCUAUCAGAUUUGGGGUACGGGAGAUAUCCAGUCGUGGAACGAUUCCAAGGAGACUGUGCUGACACCCGAAAGAGAGGAGCUGAUGACUAGCGGAAAUUCCCAUAAAAUUAAGCCUGCCAUCGUGAAGAAUGGCUCUGGUCCCGAAGAGAUAGCGUGAAAUUCGGGUGAUAUAUCCACAAUCUGGCAUCUUGAUAGGGACUAAACCAAUUCAGUAACUUCGGUAUUCCUCAAUAUUCAUUGUGAUAAGCUUAGAUUUUAGGUAAUAGGCGGAGAAAGAAAAAAAAAAUAGCUGAAUCGUGAUGUUUACAGAGGGACUUAGUUCGACUAAAGUAGUACUAGCCGAAGUUCCCUUUAAUAUUUACUUUUAAUAUAGGAAAUUUUCUCUAUUAUGGUAGAAUUACUUGAAAUAUUAGCAUCUCUAUUGAUAAUAAUAUUUCUCAGUAUAGUAUGGUCUAUAUAUAUUAAGGAAGUUUUACUGGAGCCAUGGAAUAAAAUACCGAAAAAAUACAAAUCUAGUAUUUGUAUUUUUUCUAUCGAUCAUCAAUAUUGAAAGACCAAAUCCUAUUAUACAGAGCAAAUUCUCGAAUAUUGCAUAAUGAUUUAUUGUUUGUUAGUCUGUAUGUGGCCAUCAUGCACUUAAGUAAUAGAACAAUAGAUAUACAGGGUGUUUCGUAAUGAAAUGGGCAUACUGCUUCCUGGAAUAGGAGACAUUGAUGUGAAUUCAAGUCACCUUCCCUUUUACCUACAAGGGAUUCGUUCAUUUUAUGACGAAAAUGGUGAAAAUGUUUGAAUUUUUCGGUAAUGUAAUGAUUCAAUAAAGUUCGUUAAUAUUGCUUCCUUAUUUCACUAGUGAUAUUCAACACAAAAUAUGGACUUCAAAAAUGAUUGCUUACAGGAGCAGAAUUUUAGAACUAAUGUGUAAAUAUUUUUCAUUUAAAAAACAUAAUAUGGUGUUUUAUUUUUCUUAUUUUUGAAUAUUAGUUUUUAUUUUAAGUCUGGACCUGAAUUUUGUGUCGACUAUCACUAGUUAAAUGGGUGUGCAAAACAAUAUUUUCGCCAAAAAAUAGAGGACUUUGAGAAUUCCGUGAUUCACCCUAGUCUAAGUUAUGAUGAGACACCCUGUAUUUUAGGCAUAAAAUCAUUUUAAUCUAAGAUCUAGUUAUCGAAUGGGUUAUUGAAAUAUAUAUUUUUGCGGUCCAGUUCUUAAAAAAAGACUAUCGAUCUGAGGAAAACAAAUUUUCCAUUUUUCCUGGUACUUAAUCC